CACCCCGUUUCUCCGUUCCGUCCACAUCACAAAUACAUAUACACUUAACCUGAAAAUUCAGUAAAAAUAGAAAAUUAACCCUAUAAUCAAAUCGACAAUUCCAAAAUUCCAAUUCCGACAACGACGUUACAUAAUUGCGUAACGCAAAGCCACUCCUCAAUUCCGUCCUGUUGCCGUCUGACGUAACCUCACGCGCCAUUCCCGGCGACUUCAACUUUUCUUAUGUCAUCAUCUCCGUACACUCUCCUACUCAUGCGGCUCACGCGCUUUUCCAAUCGCCAACCGGCGAUUAUCCUUUAUACCCUUCCCUCUUUCUUCCAUCAUUCUCCGAUCAAUUCUCUUCUUCAUUCUUUCCAUCAAUGGGUGAGAUUACCGAAUCCUCCACACAGGUAACCAUGUCAUCAAGGCCAUUACCCUUCCGUGAGGAUUGUUGGAGCGAACAAGCUACAUGGACCCUUGUUGAUGCUUGGGGACGUCGUUAUAUGGAAUUGAACCGUGGAAAUCUCCGUCAGAAGGAUUGGCAACGGGUCUCCGAUUCCGUUAAUGCCCUUCAUGGACAUUCGAGGAAGACUCACCGAACCGAUGUUCAAUGUAAGAAUCGGAUUGAUACCUUGAAGAAGAAGUACAAAGUUGAGAAGGCGAAAAUUAUUGAGUCUAACGGAACCCUAACGUCAUCCUGGCCCUUCUUCGAACGGCUUGAUAUGUUGAUCGAAAACUCCGAUAAGAAAGUUACGCCGGUGAUGGUGUCUCUGUUACCUUUACCGAUGUCCUCACCGCCUAUGGGAGUGCCGUUGCCUUACCGGAGAUCGGCGGUGGUGACACCGGUUAGUUUACCUCAGAAGCGGCAGUUGCCGGCUUUUGAUGAAUCCUGUUUCAGGAGAAAUUAUUCGGCUGUAGCUGCUGCUGCGGCAGCAGGAGGAGGGGAAGAGGAUUAUGAUGACGAGGAGGAGGAUGUGGAGAUGACUGAAGAGAGUUGGGAAGAGGAUGGGAUGAGGAGGCUGGCGAAGGCUAUAGAGAGUUUUGGAGAGAUAUAUGAGAGAGUUGAAGGGAUGAAACAGAGACAAAUGGUGGAGCUGGAGAAGCAGAGGAUGCAGUUUGCUAAAGAUUUGGAGGUUCAAAGGAUGCAGUUGUUUAUGGAUACACAAGUUCAGCUUGAAAAGAUUAAGCAUACUAAGCUGUCUGGCUCUAAUGUUCAACCAGAGGCAGUUCAGUCCUUCACCAACACAGAUUCAUCAGUCCUGCUUUGGAACAUAGAUGCACAGAACCAGGUGUUUCAUGCAUAUGGAGAUAAGAAUUUUUGUUCUUACAUCUAGACUCAAGUGCAUCCUAUGUCUCUGACUGAAUUCGUAUCUGUAUAGCUAGCUCUGUGGUGAAAGAGCAAUUAAAAAGAACCAGGAUUGCGAGAUUAUGGACGAGUAUCAUGGAGCAAUCCAGUCGGUGUCUCCUUAGUUUAUCUCCAAAUUCAUAUCUAAUGAUGACCCUAGUUUAACUGAUUAUUACUUUUUUUUAGCAGGAAUAGUUGGUACUUGUAGUUAACUUUUCCUUUUAUUUUAGCGGAUCUAAAAUACAGCAUUAGCCCGUGUUGAAAAUUUUCUGUAUUGAAAUCAAGGGUUACCUUUUUUAACAUUAUGUUUGCUAUUCCAUGAAUCAGAUAAUGGUGCAUCAACAAGGUUAUUGCGA